GCCCCAAGUUAGAACUUUUCCGGAAAUACGGAAGUCAUAUGUUAUGGUUUAUAUUUUACUUCAUCAUACGUUUAGAAGUCGUUGUUUACAUGUGCUCGUUCCUCUUGUGUAUCGCACUUUUAUUUGAUCCAGCACGGAUUUUUUACCUGCUCAUCAUGUUCGAAUAAACGUACUAUUCCUUGAUGACUGGUUUAUCUUGCUGAUUAUUGAGUCAGUACAGUAAAAAAUCCCCUGGAUUGUGCAUCAUGGAGUCAGAUCUACAGAACUGCACCUAUGACCCUGACAUUGUUGUGAAACGAGAAGCAACUUCCAUGGGAUCCUCUUCUAUUUCCCAGUCCAGUUCAUUACUAGCCCGGAAGCGUGCUCUGGCCGAAGCUGCCCGUAUAAAGUUGAAAUUCGCAGAGACCGAGGCUUUAAUUAAAAAACAACAAGCUAUCAUCGAGGAAACCCGCAAGUUAAAUAUAGCCAAAGCAGAGCAGCAAAACAGUGAACUAGAGGCUGAUUUAAAGCUACUCAGUCGACAAAGUGAAGCAGCCGCAGCCGCUGCAGAAGUGGAGGCCUUAGAGUAUGUGGAUGUAAGAAACAGUGUUCUUGACAUUCCAGUGUGUGAUAAGAAGAAACUUGUAGAACAGUAUGUAGAAAAACAUUCAUCACAUUCAAGUGUACACGUGAAAGAAGAACAACAUUGUAACGUUCAAGACUGUAACGAGAUAUCAUCACUGUGUUCAGAUACCCCCAGAGAUAGUCGACAGUUUGUACCGAUUUCCACACUCGCACCUAUUGUACCUGAUCCCUGUGCAGAUUUGGAUUGUGUUUCACGGGACUCUGUGCCAGCUGGGACGCCAUUGAAUCCUCAGGCAAAGGCAUUUUUUGCCAAGGCUCAUACCAGCACUCCUGCCACCAGUGAUUUUAAGGACAACAUAAUGGCAAAUGAACUUACCCGUUUCCUCAUGAAGAAGGAUUUACUUCUAUCUCGUUUUACAGUAUUCAACGACCAGCCGGAAUCAUUUCCUGUAUGGAAGUCCUCCUUCACCCAUAUAGCGCAAGAUCUGGGUGUAAACCCUAGAGAGGAAAUGGAUCUUUUAUUGAAAUGGCUCGGGCCAGAAUCGUCCAAGCAUGCGCAUAGCAUAAGGAUCGCAUAUGCAAGUGACCCAGCCAAGGCAGUACAGAAAGUGUGGGAAAGACUAGAUGACAGAUAUGGUGGGCCUGAACUUAUUGAGUGUGCCCUUAAGCAUAAACUUACUAACUUUCCCAAAGUGACAAAUAAGGACACUGAUAAACUGUAUGCCCUGUCCGACCUGCUGUCCGAGAUUGCAUCAAUUAAGGAAAACCCUACCUACUCUUCCUUACUUGCGUAUUUUGAUUCAUCGUCGGGAGUCAACCAAGUUGUAGCAAAGCUACCAUACAACUUGCAGAUGAAGUGGAUGGACAGAGCUUCAAAAUACAAGUCUUCACAGAAAGUCUCCUUUCCACCAUUUACGUUCUUUGUGGAUUAUGUAAAGGAGAUGACCAAAAUGAUGAACGAUCCAAGCUUUCAGGAAACUCUUCAGCCUACACCAAAGAGGGAAGAAACGUUUCGCGCUACCCCGCUCAGACAACCUAUAAGAGUUAAGAAAACGGAUGUGAGUUCUGAAAGCAUAUGUCCAAUUCACAAGACGUCUCACUCCCUUAACCAAUGCAAAACCUUCCGAGCAAAGCCAAUUCAAGUUCGCAGAAAAUUUCUCAGUGACCACAAGAUAUGUUAUGGAUGUUGUAACUCAGAUAAGCAUGUGAAACGAGACUGUCUAGAGAGAACAAAAUGUGAUGACUGUGGCAGCGAGGAUCAUCCAUCAGCUUUACAUGUGACAAGCAAAUCCAUUCGAGAAAAACAGCAAGAGGAGAAUGAAUCAUCACUCCUGGCUUCUCCACAGCACGGCGGGGAGGAAAACAAUUCUCGCGGAACUCAACGAGUAGUACGAACUAAGUGUACUGAAAUAUGUGAGAAUUCUUCAUUUCCGGGAAAGUCUUGUGCAAAGGUACUGUUGGUAAGGGUGUACUCUUCCAGUCACCCUGACAAGUCUGUGUUGACUUACGCCCUCCUCGACGAUCAGAGUAACAGAUCUCUAGCUACUACUCACCUUCUUGAUCUUCUGGAUGUGAACUCAGAAGAGGUGGAAUAUUCACUUGCGUCGUGUGCUGGUUCCUUUGUGUUUUCGGGACGUGUGGCCGAAGACUGUGUCAUUGAAUCUCUAGACGGAAGCGUCAAAAUGAACUUGCCGCCACUGAUUGAAUGCAAUAACAUUCCUGAUGUGAGAGAGGAAAUACCGACACCGGAAAUUGCACGUCAUUACACUCAUUUGAUGGACAUUCAGGAAUUUAUUCCUCCGCUCUCAGAAGCACGCACUCUCUUGCUGAUUGGACGCGACUUGCCUGGCGCUCAUCAUGUUCUUGACCAGAGGGUUGGAUCAGGAAACGAGCCAUUUGCCCAAAGGCUAAGAUUGGGAUGGAUCAUUGUGGGUGAAACCUGCUUAGGAAAAGUUCACAGAAAUCGAAUAUCAGUGAAUAAAACAUUUGUUCUUGAUAAUGGACGCCCUACAGUGUUUAGACCAUGUGAAAACAGGAUUCAUGUUUCUGAGAAGUGGGACAGCAUAGGUUCGUCAGUAUUUUCCAGGAAUAAAGACGACAACAAGGUCGGCCUAUCCAUUGAAGACAAGCAGUUCAUUCGAGUGAUGGAGAAAAGUUUACACAAGGAUACAGAGGGAAAUUGGGUAGCACCUCUACCGUUUCGUGAAAACCAUCCUCCACUGCCUAAUAACAGACUACAGACACUUAACCGUGCUAAGAACCUCCAUGCUAGUCUGUCCAAGGAUCCUGUGAAACUCCAGCACAUGGUGACAUUUAUGCAACGCGUAUUUGAAAGCAAGCAUGCAGAAGUAGCGCCGCCAUUAACAAGUAAUGAAGAGUGUUGGUACCUACCAAUAUUUGGGGUGUACCACCCCCAGAAACCAGGUCAGAUCCGUGCCGUUUUCGACUCGUCUGCACAGUUUCAAGGAGUCUCCCUGAAUAGCGUCCUCCUAUCUGGACCUGACCUUACAAACAAUCUGCUUGAUGUCCUUCUGAGAUUUCGUAUGGAGCCUGUUGCCAUCUCCGGAGACAUACAACAAAUGUUCCACAGCUUCCUAGUUGAAGAACCCCAUAGGAACUACCUGAGGUUUUUCUGGUAUGAAGACAACAAUCCAAGUAACAGUCUUAUAGAGUACCGCAUGAAAGUACAUGUAUUUGGGAAUCGACCUUCCCCGGCUAUUGCUAACUACGGACUCCACAAGACAGCUGAAAUCAGUCGCGAGAAAUAUGGAAGUGAUGUGAGAGACUUUAUUCAGAGAAACUUUUAUGUGGACGAUGGAUUGAUACCCCUACCCACAUCAACUGAAGCAAUUGACUUAAUGACGCGUACUAUGUCUGCCCUUCAGAAUGAAGGAAACCUACGCUUACAUAAGAUCGCUUCGAACAAAGAAGAGGUCAUGAGUGCAUUCGCGAACGAUGACCUUGCAAAGGACCUUAAGGAUCUGGACAUUGGCAGUGAACAACUUCCUGUGCAGCGCAGCCUAGGAUUAAACUGGGAUUUGAUGUCAGAUACAUUCACAUUUAGAGUGACUGGCGCUGAGAAACCUUACACACGUCGAGGCAUUCUGUCUGUUAUCAACAGUCUAUAUGACCCCUUGGGCCUUGUCGCUCCUGUGACUAUUCGGGGAAAGAUGAUAUUAAGGAAAAUUGUAACAGAUAGUUCCGACUGGGAUAGUCCUCUACCGGAACAGUACCGUUCUGAAUGGGAGUCGUGGAAAACGGAACUUCAGUGCCUCCAAGAUAUUAACAUUCGCCGCACGUACAUGAAACCUGACGCCUCUCUCAGCAAAGCUGUAAGACGAGAAAUUCACGUCUACUCUGAUGCAUCCGAGGAUGCAAUUGCAGCGGUGGCAUAUCUGAAGACCAUUUCCCAGGAAGGUGAGAUACAUGUUGGAAUCAUCCUAGGCAAGGCAAAGGUAGCACCUAAACAUGGAAACUCGAUUCCACGCCUUGAACUAUGUGGAGCUCUCCUGGCUGUAGAAAUCUAUGACAUUGCAGUGAAUGCACUGGAUAUUGCAGUUGAUUGUGUUCAGUUUCACAUUGACAGUAAAGUGGUAUUAGGCUACAUAAAUAACCGUGUCCGACGAUUCUACAUGUAUGUGAGCAAUCGUAUUGAACGUAUACUUAGGACUACAACACCUGAACAAUGGACAUAUGUACCCACUCACAUGAACCCUGCGGAUUGUGCUACCCGCUCGCUUCCUGCAAGUCAGAUGCAAAACAGCCCCUGGUUGCAAGGACCUGUUCAACUCUACAAGAAAGAUCAGAAUGAGGUCAAUUUGGACAACAGUACAUUUUCUCUUGUUGACCCAGAGAAUGAUAAGGAAAUCAAACCAACUUUGGCUGUUCAUGUAAUGAAGUCUUCUAUCGAGGACCGGUGCGUAUUUGGAACCCAUAGAUUCAACAAGUUCUCAACAUGGACUGCUCUUGUAAGAGCAUUUGCCUUUUUACGGAACAGAGUGUGUGCCUUCAAACAGAGGAAUGUUGGCAAUAGUUCCCACGUAUGUACUGAUUACAAGGCUGUUGAGACAUUUCGGUUAGUUGAACAAUGGAUUAUUGGGACAGUUCAAAGAGAAACCUUUCCUGAGGAGUACUCAUGUUUACUUGACAAAAAGACUCUACCUCGUAACAGCUCGUUACUUACCUUGGAUCCGUUCCUCAAUCAGCAUGGUCUGAUUUGUGUUGGUGGACGUCUCAGAGAUUCCGACUUGGGUAAACACGAGAAGUUUCCAGUGAUUCUUCCACGCAAGCACCACAUUAGUACCUUGCUAGUACGACACUACCAUGAACAAGUAAAACAUCAGGGCCGUUUCUUCACGGAAAGCAUGAUACGAUCCGCUGGCUUCUGGAUUGUAGGUGUCAAGCGCUUGAUCUCUUCAGUGAUUCAUGCAUGUGUAAAGUGCAGAAGACUCCGUGGGAGGCUAGAAACCCAGAAGAUGGCUGAUCUUCCAGUAGACCGUGUCAGUCCUGCUCCUCCUUUUAGCUACACAGGAGUUGAUGUGUUUGGACCUUGGUCAGUGGUGACAAGACGGACCAGAGGGGGACAGGCUAGCAGUAAGAGAUGGGGUGUGAUAUUUACGUGCCUAAGCAUACGGGCCAUUCAUAUAGAAGUAAUAGAGGAAUUAUCUUCUUCCUCAUUCAUAAAUGCACUGAGAAGAUUCAUAGCUAUCAGAGGUCAAGUGAAGGAGUUAAGAUCCGACCGCGGAACAAAUUUUGUCGGCUGCACCAAAGAUCUUCAGAUUGAGGCAAUCAAUGUUGAGGAUGCUGAAAUGAAGAAGUUUUUGUUCGACAAAGGAACAGUUUGGCGCUUCAACCCACCUCAUUCAUCCCAUAUGGGAGGGGUCUGGGAGCGCAUGAUCAAGACUACCAGAAACAUUCUAGAUUCCAUGUUGUCUGAAGUGAGUGACAAAAAUUUGACACAUGAAGUGCUUACUACAUUUAUGUGCGAAGUGUGCACCAUAGUCAAUGCGCGACCAAUCGUUGCGAUCACCUCAGAUCCUACGAACCCAUUCUUACUCAGUCCAUCAACCUUACUUACUCAAAGGACAAGUGCAGAUGUACACCCCUUUGUGGACCUGAAUCCGAAGGACAUGUAUAAGGAACAGUGGCGUCGAGUACAAUAUCUUGCCGAACGUUUCUGGAAUCGCUGGAAGCAAGAGUAUCUGCAGACCUUACAAACUCGAAGGAAAUGGCAGUGUGACAAGACCAACUUGCGUCGUGGUGACAUUGUAUUGUUGAAAGAACCCGACAGCCACAGAAACAACUGGCCGCUUGGAAUGGUGGAAAACGCUAUUUGUGGAAAAGAUGGUCGUGUUCGAAAAGUGGAAGUUCGCAUUACCAAGAAUGGCGUGUCAAAGACUUAUACAAGACCCGUGACCGAACUUGUUCUGCUUUUGAGUGACAAGGGAAAUGAUCUAGACACUUCCAGCAGUGACAAGGAAUAAUGUGCUUUGUCGUGUUUAUUGUGCAACGAAACAUACUGUGUUAUGAUUGUGAAUUAGAAUUCCUGUUACAUUCGCACCUUAUUGAUUUUGUGCUACAUGUUUGUAAUAGUUGUAGUGAUAUCUUGUAAGAUAUCAGACGGGGAGUGUGCUGCCCCAAGUUAGAACUUUUCCGGAAAUACGGAAGUCAUAUGUUAUGGUUUAUAUUUUACUUCAUCAUACGUUUAGAAGUCGUUGUUUACAUGUGCUCGUUCCUCUUGUGUAUCGCACUUUUAUUUGAUCCAGCACGGAGUAAGUGUUGUUUUGUUCAUUUAUUAUUGUAUAAAAUGCUUAUAUGUGUUUCCAAAAGUAUGUGUUAAAUGAAUAUUGUCAGAAUUAUUGUCUAAGUCAUGUUUUGAGUUUAUACUUGGCAUCCGAAUUUCCUAGUCAUAGGUCCAGUCUAGUCUACAAUGUUUCUAGGCAAAUAUUUGUUUACAUUAACUUGUUAAUUUCUGUUGAAAGUGUAAACUUGCAAUAUUAGGGCUACGUUUAUUAUUGUUUAUUAUAUAUCUAUACCUUUAUAGACGCAAAUUGAAUGAUUAAGUGCCAUGUUUACAUGUGUAAAUUGUGACUGUGAUUCAUGUUGUACUAAGUAGCUGUUUUUUUUGUAUUUUAGUUUUUUACCUGCUCAUCAUGUUCGAAUAAACGUACUAUUCCUUGA